UUUGUUUAUCUCACGGGGUUUCGUGGCCUCAAGAUGAACAGGAAAAGAACUUUUGCUUGGCACUGUGUUUCCUAAAGUUUGCAAUUCCUACGGCAGUUAAAAGGAGUUGAAUUCCGGCCCCGUUUUGUGCGUGUUAGCAAAUAUUCCAACCUCGCGAAGGGUUUCGAAUUUCGGAAGAAGCUACUUAAGAACUUUUGAUGACUCCAAGCAUAAAGAAGAAACGCAUGCUUGUGUUGUCUUGAUGAGGGAGCGCCUUUGGCUAAUGGCUGCCUGCUCGGGGAUCGAUCCAUCCCGUGAGAGAGUGCGCGCGCCCACCAGGGAGCAACAGUGUGUGAAGUACGAAUUUCCUCUGGACCGUCCAUCCUGUACCAUCCGACCUCCCCCACCACCAGCAUCACACCACCAAUCUAAGCAGCAUGUGCUCUCCUCCUCCAACGCCGAUGGCUGCUGCGUUUGCCUUUUCACUGGUGGAUUUGGCGGAACACCAAAAAGAGGCUCUUCUUCCGCGAUGGAAAAAUACGCGCCUGUGUGUGGCCGGUGGUCUUUCUUUAUACGAUGGCCCCUCUCAGGUUAAGGCCUUUCGUUUCCAUCUGUGAAGAGAAGAGUGUUGCUCCAUAACGGCGGGUGUGUAUGCUUGCUACAGGGAAGGAACGACGAGACGACGGCGGCCGCGGGACAGACACACUGGACUGGACAAUUGCUGGAGGAUAGCAGCAGCAGAAGGAGGGAAGAGCGCACACAAACAUGGCAGCAUCCCAGACGGUCGUCGGCUCCGGGAACGGCGGGACACAGUCUGGACUGCGGGAGUUCGUCGAAGGAUGGACGUUGGCCCAGACGCUUGGCGAAGGAGCUUACGGAGAGGUGAAGCUGCUGAUUAACCGACAGUCCGGUGAGGCGGUAGCGAUGAAGAUGGUCGACCUGAAGAAGCAUCCGGAUGCGGAAAGCUCGGUCAAGAAGGAGGUGUGCAUACAGAAAAUUCUUCAGCAUCAAAACAUUCUCAAGUUUUUCGGCAAACGCACGCAGGGUGACAUCGAGUACAUCUUUCUCGAGUACGCUGCCGGUGGUGAGCUGUUUGAUCGAAUCGAGCCCGACGUUGGGAUGCCACUUCCCGAGGCACAGCGGUACUUCAAUCAACUGUUGGCCGGUGUCGAUUACCUGCACACGCGAGGAGUGGCGCAUCGCGAUCUGAAGCCGGAAAACCUGCUGCUGGACGAGCACGACAACGUGAAGAUAUCGGACUUCGGGAUGGCCACCAUGUUUAGAAUGAAGGGCCGGGAGCGGCUGUUGGACAAGAAGUGCGGUACGCUACCGUACGUGGCACCCGAGGUGCUGGUCAAACCGUACCGUGCAACACCGGCCGACCUGUGGUCCUGCGGAAUCAUCCUAGUCACAAUGCUUGCUGGAGAAUUACCAUGGGACCAGCCGUCGUCCGGAUGUGCGGAGUAUCUCUGCUGGAAGGAAAACAAGUACACUACCUCAACGCCCUGGUGCAAGCUGGACACGCUCACGCUGUCGCUGUUGCGCAAGAUUCUCGUGGCCAAUCCUGCCCAACGGUUAACUCUCGACAAACUGCAGGACCACAAAUGGUGCCAGACGCAGUUCCACCUACAAGGCAUUGCCGAUAUAGGUAUGGGCGCCAACAACGGUGUAGGUGGUGCGGGUGCCGGUGGUGCUGGUGGAGGCUGCGAUGUCAUCGACGGGCGGCCGUCGCCACGCGCCAAACGGCUCUGCUCCAAUCAGGACAUCUCGAGCCCGCUGGAUGAUUCCAUCUCGCGCAUGUGCCAUUCGCAACCCGUCCCAAUGACCGUGCACACCGAGAUGAACGGUGUGGAGGAAGCGAUCGAGGCCCGGAACGGGUUCUGCUUCUCGCAGCCAACCAUGCUGGACGAUCUGAUCCUGUGCACGCAGCUCAACCCGACGCAGAGCGUUGGCACGCAGCAGCAGCAGCAGAAUCCGUUCCAGCGGCUCGUUCGGCGCAUGACCCGCUUCUUCGUGUCGACGCGCUGCGACGAAACGCUGAAACGGUUAUCGGCCGUGCUGGAAAAGCUUGGCUACGGCUGGAAAUCGAACGACGAGGGCGUGAUUACGAUAUCGACGAUCGAUCGGCGGAAGCUGCAGCUGAUCUUUAAGGCGAACAUCGUCGAGAUGGAUGGUAAGAUCCUGUGCGACUUUCGGCUGUCGAAGGGCUGCGGGCUGGAGUUUAAACGGCGGUUCAUUAAGAUUAAGCAAAGCCUGGCCGAUAUCGUGAUGAAGGGCCCGGUCACCUGGCCGAUCGCGAUCGCGACCAACUCUGUGCCUUAAGGAGGAGGGGGAGGGGAGAGGAAUUGUUUGUUUGUUUUGUGUAUGGAUAAAACACAGACAUAAACGCGCUCAUUCAGGAUUCAUACGAAGGAUUCAGAAGGUCAGAAGGGGACAGAGGGGAAGAGGGGAUAGUUAUUUUAAAGUGUUGUAUUAUAGCUGCGAAAGAAUAUCGCACGAAACGAAGAUGUAGAUGUGGUGUGGUUGGGAGAGUUGAUGGGUAAAUAGGAAUGAAUGUGUUCGAAACACUGACUCUGAUACGCUCUGUGAGCGCACGAAUAUUAUAACGUCCUCUUUCUAGUGCCAAACAAAGUUGUGUACCGGUUUAUAAAGGGAAGACAACAUCCGGAAACGGAUGACCGACAUUAUUGAGAGAGAAUCAUUGUUUUUUUUUGGCUGGCUAACCAAGAGAGUGAGAGUGCAGAUGGAUCAUUUAAUACGUUUUUGGUGAGAGCCACCAGCGUGUGUAGCGCGCCUUUUUUACAAUUCCUUCACUACACUAUCCGCAUCGAAAUGCACGCGAAGAAGAAACUGUGUAAACUUUACAUCUCCUAGAGCUUCCUUCCAAGUUUUGUACACAGAAUAUAAGACGCGACACACAACGCGCUUAGUUAAGCAACAGAGUUUGUGGUGCGGGUGACACGGUUGUGUUGCGUUAAAAUACACGACACAUGUUUUUUCUAUACGACAAUAUGUAUGAUGUACUUUAAAAUCCUCGUGACAGCACCUUUUACUGUAAGCAAAAGAGCACAACAAAACACGUUAGAACGACAGAAGACAGACAGCUGCAUUUAUUGAGAGUGGGAAGAGUGUUGAGCAAUCACCAUGAGAAGAGGAUCUGUGGCAGAGGAUGGAUAGUUGAGUUCUCGACAAAGAUAGGUGCUAAAGAGGUGACGACGGAGCAUUAUUCAGUUGAAAUUUGUGCUGUGGAAUUAUAUAUGUAUGUGUGCGUGUAUGGUUGACAUUCAGGGUAACUAAUGGAAAAGAGAUUUUUCAUUGCUUUAGAGUUUAGAGAGAGAGAGAGAGCACCACAACCGCGCGUUUGCGCUCGAACGUAUUAGUAUUCGUUUACCUCUGCUUUAUUGGUUUGAUAUUUACUCACCCGUGUUCAGUGCGGUUUAAUUAUUUUAUCUGUUUAUUUCCAUUUCCAUUUCCUUGCUCUCGUUCGUUUCUUCUUUUAACGAUUAUACAACAAACUAUCCAUUUUUGUUAAGUUAAUUGAAACGUUUAUUGCUAGAUUUUUACAUGCACUACACAGCACACACAAAUUAAAUCUCUUAUUUCUUCUCUCUUCAUCGCUAUAUAUUUUAACUCGAUGUGUUUUUACACUACUAAUCUAUCUUUUGAUGAUGAAUCUUUUUUUAAAUAAGAAUAAUGAAUAAAAAAUGAAUUUGUUAUGGUAAA